AUGGCAGCAAAUUAUCCACUCGGGUACGAUGACGAGAGAUUCGAAUCGAUAGUAGACCAAAAUUUCCACUGUUUAAUUUGCUAUAACGUAUUGAAAGACCCCGUGACGUGCCGCAGAAACGAGCACCAUUUUUGUCGUGGCUGCAUCACGGAACAUCUUCAAAGGAAUUCCCAUACAUGCCCAACAUGCGCUGACGAGCUGAGUGUCGAAACGUUGGCUGAAGUCCCAAGAAUUGUGAAGAAUUACUUGGAUGAACGAAACAUUCGUUGCGAUUAUUACGACAGAGGAUGUCGAGAACUCGUACAGCUGCAGAAUUUAAAGCGACAUGUCGCCGAAUGCGGGUUUACUCCAGUCGUUUGUGGAAAUCAAGGUUGUGGUGAGACAAUCAGUAAAAGAGAUCGUACAUAUCACGAGAGUGAACUAUGUCAAUUUAGAAAGUUAAAGUGUCACAACUGUGGAGAAAUCAGCACGAUGAUGGCGGGAAUGAAAACGGAAAUCGCAAACCAGAACACGAAAAUAGCCAACAUCAACAAGAAUCAUGCAAACACGAACACGAGCAUAGCAAAUAUUAGAACGGAAAUAGCAGAUAUGAACAGGAAAAUGGCAAAUAUCGACACGAAGAUGGCAAACACGGACACGAAACAGGAAAACAUGAACACGAAAAUAGAGAACUUGCACGCGAACGUGGAAGCGAAGUUCGAAGCGAUGAAUAAUGAAGUAAGAGGAAUAAAAAUGAGUUUAAAUGAAGUAAAAAAAGAUGGCUUUGAUCACUUGAAAGAAGCAGUACUUGAGAAGAUAGAGAGCAAAGAAAGAAAGCAGGAGGAAAUCACAAGAGAUGUAAGUGGCACAGCGAGUGGCGGGAGAGAAAAUCAACAUAUAUUUGUUGCUGGUGGUGGGGGGACAAACUCGGUAGAAAUAUUUAACUACCGUCAGAGAUUGUGGUCUUUAUUGAAGCCCAUGCCAGAGAAGCGUCACAGCGCAUCUUCAUUUGUUUACAAUAAUCACGUGACUGUAGCGGGAGGUUGGUGUUGUGGUUCUGUAGAUGACAUGAUCCGAAUGAACAUCCACCCAGUCCCUGAUCUCUCAAUUAACUGGAGUGAUUUUGCUGCCAAACUUCUUGCCAAGUUGUCUGCACACAGCAGUGUGGUGUACAAGGAUAGCUUGUUGGUUACUGGAGGUUUUAAUGUAUAUCAACGUGUCGUCUCUGACUGUAUUCACGAAGUCCAACUUAAACCACCUUACACUGUUAAACUGAUAUCCAAGAUGCCUGAACCAAGAAUUCAUCACAGCACAGUACUGUGUGAUGAUAGUAUUUUAAUCGUUGGGGGAAGGAAAUCAGGGGACUGCGAAGACAACCUCAGCAGUGUGUUAAGCUAUGACAUCAAGAAAAAGGAAUGUCAACAGUUACCUGCGCUUCCCUAUCCAGUGAGUGAAAUGGCGACAGUCAAGUGGGCUGAGAAUGUGGUGAUCAUUGGUGGGACUGACAAGGAUGACAAAGCAUUAAACAAUGUUAUAAUUUAUAACAUUAGGACUGGAAACAGCCAUAUGUUGCCUCCCAUGUUACACAAGAGGAAAGGAUGUAUGGCAGUUGUUAUUGAGAACACAAUUGUAGUACUAGGAGGAAAGGAUGAGAGAGAGAAUUUUUUGAAAUCAGUUGAAGGUUUCGAUUUUGAGCGAUUUUCAUGGCAGGAACUUCCUGACAUGAAGGAAACCAGAUGCCUGGCUACAGCUGUUGUGAUCUAG